CCCUCCCCCUGCCGCCAGACGCCCAUCCUGCUUACCGGAGCGGGGGAGGAGACACAGCACAGUCCCGCUACUAAAUCAGGAAGCAGGAGAAGAAGAAGACGAGGAUCUUUUCCGUGGAAGUGGGGACGUUUCCGAACCUGCCGGAUGGUCGCCGGAUCUCUUUGAAGUUUGGGAGCCGGUACCGACAGAAGCGGGAAAAUCCCCCCUCCCAGGCCACCUGGACCCCGCAGCAGCAGCAGCACCGGGACUGGCGGCUGUGACACCCCCAGCGAGCAUGAGGCUACCCGGGCUGUGGGCGCUGCUGGCCGCGCUGCUCCUUCACUCAGCCGCGGUGGGACACGCCUGGUCGCCUGUCGAUGACGAGGGAUCAGCACCUGACGACUUCUACGAUGACGAGGACCUCUACUCCGGAUCUGGCUCUGGAUUUCCCCAGACCAGAGUGAGGCCCACGUCAGGGGGCGUGUCCUUCACCACCGAGGAGCCCGCCCCCCUCUCCACCACGCAGGCCACGAGCCCCGCCCCCUCCGCCGCACCUGCCGUCGAGCCCGGCCCGGACCCGGACCCAGAUCCCACCGAAACCGCAACAGCCCCCGCCCCCGCCGCCACAACCGCCGCCGUCAUCGCCACAUCCGCCGGCGUCAUCCUGCCCACCGAGGCCGACGGCGAGAGCGGUGCAUUCUGGGAGAAGGAGCUGGAGUCGGAGAAGGAGCGGGAGAGGCAGGCGGAGCGCGAGCGAGAGCGGGAACGCGAGCGGGAGCGGGUUCGGGAGAUGGAGCGAGAACGGGAGCGGGAGCGGGAGAGAGAGCGGGAGCGCGAGAGGCAACGCGAGCUAGAGCGAGAGAGGGAGCUGGAGCGAAUACGAGCCGCCGCCGCCGCCGCCCCCGCCCAGACCACUGCGCCCCCCGGGUCCUCGGCUGCAGUGACCACCGUCCCAGGGGGGAGUACGGCGCCCUCCACUGGCCCGGAUGACCUGAGCACCGCCGAUGAAGAAGACGUCUACAUGUCGCCCGAACCUACUGGCGUGGAAGUGACCACGCAGGAGGUCACGCCCAUCGCCACUGCUGAGCCCACCCCUGAACCCACCACCGCCCAGCCCACCACUACCCUCGCCACCACCAAGACCAGGUUCCCCUUCAGGCCCCGGGUUCCCAUGACGACCACCACUCAGAAGGCGCCUACGGAGAGAAGCACCCGCCCACCACCGCAACCCACCACCACAAAGGCCCGUUCGGACGACGGCAACAACGAGCUGGCCGGCGUGGGCCCCAGCGGGGACUUUGAGAUCCGCGAGGACCAGCGUAACGACCUAGACCGAGGCCUGGCGCCGGAGGACCCGGACCUGGCGGGCAACACUGUGGACGCGGGGAGCUCGGCCGCCCAGCUGCCGCAGAAGAACAUCCUGGAGAGGAAGGAAGUCUUGAUAGCGGUGAUCGUGGGCGGCGUGGUGGGCGCUCUGUUCGCCGCCUUCCUGGUGAUGCUGCUGGUGUACCGCAUGAAGAAGAAGGACGAGGGCAGCUACACGCUGGAGGAGCCCAAGCAGGCCACCGUCACGUACCAGAAGCCCGACAAGCAGGAGGAGUUCUACGCGUAGCAGGCGCCACACCCUCUCUUCGUCUUCCUCGCUUACCGCCUCUCCUCGCCCUCCCGGCGCCUUUCUGCGCACCUCUUUUCAAUCAAACCGGAAAAAGGGACAAAAAAAACAAAAAAACAACACAAAAUGAAUUAUUCAACAACAACAACAAAAUGUUAUGAAUAUUCUCUUGUUCUGUACGUGAGAUAUGAUUAUUUUGUAAGAAAAUAACUUAAAAACAAAAAAAGAAUAGGUGACCUGUUUUUACGCCGCCAAAAGUAAGAGGAGAGGCGGGGGCAGAGGGGGGGGGGGGCGGGGCAUGAUCCUCGCCAAAAACUCGCACAGAGCUGGAGGUCAAAGUUCAGAGGAAAGGUCCCUUCUGUCCCUCUGCGCGCACACACACAAACACACACACACAAACACACACACACAUUGUGGCCGUGACCUCUCGCUCUGUGCCCGGCCGAGUGGGAGACGGUCGCCGCGGCAACAGACGAGGGCCCCGCCUGUCUGCCGCGCUAAUAAUCCUUGAUAUAUCGAUGUUUUGGAUCCUAACGGUGAUAAUAAUACUUUAAUAAAGCAGGAUGUGUAUUUAGCUGUUCAACAAAAGUCUAUAUCUGUAAAUAUAUGCCUGUUCUUUUUUCUGCCGUCACCGAUCGUCCGCAUGACGUUAUCGUUUGUAUUUAUCGCUCAUCACUUUAGAGGAGCUGCGCUCUCGUCACACACACACACACACACACACACACACACACACACACACACAGCAAUACCGUUCCAUCACGUCGCAUAUAAGUUCCCUUUCAUCCCACACGCCCAAGUUUUGCAUGACUUUUGUUUUUCCCCCUUUAUUUGGAUGAAGGGGGCGGGGCUUCUACGAUUGUAAAGAAAAUGAGGCGCCAGUAGUAGCGUCUCUCCUGGUACUCGGUGCUGUGGAACCACAAAAAAAAAAAAACGUGCAUGGGGGGUCUAAACUAUACUAGUGUGCGUGUGUGUGUGUGUGUGUGUGUGUCCGGUGGUUGAGUGUGUGUUACCGCCUACACCACGCUCUUCCACAGACAGCUAUUCCCCGUGUGUGUGUGUGUGUGUGUGUGUGUGUGUGUGUGUGUGUGUGUGUGUUUUGGCAAUGCUGACUAAAUGGGGACAUCGCUCUGUUUACACACUCCGACGGUAUGGGGACCAGAAAACCAGGUCCCCUAAAGGGAAAGCUUUUUAAAUGAUAGUCAGAUCCAUUCUGUAUUCUGAGGAUCAUGUCAUAUAUAAUUUGAACUUUUUUUUCCUUUUUUUUUUAAAUGGUCCUCAGUAGUCACGUACAAAUUUGUGUGAAUUAUGCAAUGUUAUUUAAAUUUGGUCCCCAUGAGCCAUAUUCCCCCCCGCGCCUCCCCCCAAGGUCUCCAGUAAGAAUGAUCAGCACAUUACUUCAUCAAUCUAGAGAUUUAAAGAUGUGUAUGAGCUGACUGGGCAGUGGCCAUUUUUCCUCAUUUUUUUUAUGCCUCCACAACCUGUAGAAAGGGUGGUCCCCACAAGUCACGAUCAACAAUUUGGUCCCCAUUCCGAAUGAUAACCAGUAAGAGUGUGUGUUUUUUGGCAAUGCUGACUUAAUGGGGACAUCGCUCUGUUUACACACUCUGACGGUAUGGGGACCAGAAAAGCAGGUCGCCUAAAGGGAAACCUUUUUAAAUGAUAGUCAGAUCCAUUCUGUAUUCUGAGGAUCAUGUCAUAUUUAAUUUGAACUUGUUUCUUCUUGUUUUUUUUAAUGGUCCUCAGUAGUCACGUACAAAUUUGUGUGAAUUAUGCAAAGUUAUUUAAAUUUGGUCCCAAUGAGCCAUAUAUAUUUUUUUCCCCCAGGGUCCCCAGUAAGAAUGAUCAGCACAUUACUUCAUCAAUCCAGAGAUUUAAAGACGAAACUGGGCAGUGGCCAUUUUUCCGCAUUUUUUAUGCCUCCACAACCUGUAGAAAGGGUGGUCCCCACAAGUCACGAUCAACAACUUAGUGUGUGUGUGUGUGUGUGUGUGUGUGUGUGUGUGUGUGUGUGUGUGUGUGUGUGUGUGUGUGUGUGUGUCACCUGUAUUUCACUAGUGUGCACUAGUGUGUGUUUGGUUGUUCACAGUUGAAUGUCACACACACACACAAACACACGCUUCCACACGGGCGGGAAUGAAAUGAACACAUGUUGUCUUUUUUUAAAGUGUCUGGAGUGUAAAUGUACAAGAAAGUGUAGCCAAAAUAAAUGUGUGUGCGCGUGCGUGUGUGUAUCACACAACUUGUAUGUUUGCUGUUCUCAUUCCUGUUUUUUAUACAUUUGCAUUUUUUUAAGGCUGUGUUUUUCUGUCAUUGGCUGCGUGAGUGCGAGGGGGCGGAUCCUCCACGUCACCUGUCACUAAUCUGCCGCCGUUCCAAAUAAAAUAUGAAAAAAUUA